AUGUCAUACAAAUUCGUGGUUCGCGUCUACCAAACCAACACGAACGCCUUCUUUAAACCAGUAGAGGCGUCCGUGUACAAGGCCGGUACUUGGGCAAACAAUGACGGCGAACAUAUCCUCUUGUUAGGGUAUGACACUUCCGCCGCGAUCCGUCUGGAUGCCGGCAGCGAACACGUCGUUGUGUUCUUGGGCAACCACGAUAAAAAUGUAUGGUGCGAUAUUGACACCGAUAUUGGAGGGAAGAGUUCUGCCCAGUUGAACAUGCAGUACUACGAUGGGCAGGCUCGGGAACGAGAUAGGAAGAAGUUCCAAAAGAGCGCCAAUAUCACGAACAAGAAAGCGAGGAAGUUCAACGUCGAGCUUGUUGGGGACCCCUCCAGUCAUCUUCUCACAGCCAACAUCAUCAUUCAUUGA